UGGAGUGACGUUGUGACUCAGGUGAAGACGCGGAACAUGGAAGAUGGCGUUGUUACUAUGGUGCACUGACCGUUUCCCAUACACUAUGGUUUUGUGCGGUCUUAUCACCGUGUAAACCUUUGAUCAAGAAACUGGAGACUUGUUCACAGUAAUGACUGGCAUAUCAUGCACUUCUCAUUGACGGGCGACUGAAAUUGUCUGUCACCUUGACACUAGGUCACCUAUGACCAGAUCGAAAUUUCUAUUUGUACAUGACUUGCAUCCCAACCUGAUCAUCGGGCGAUCUAAUAAUCGACAGUUGAAUGAAGAGUCACAGCAGUUUGACUUGUAAUCUCUCUUGUAGUUGACUCGUAAAUUUGCCUCUGAAGGACAUCACAAUUCUGUAAUUGAAGUGAGUGAUAUGCUCAGUGAUUUACGAGCCAGAUUAUAAGGUUCUUCUCCGUGUCACGUUGGUCUCUCUGCUCUAGCCAGUAAUCGAUCGGGCGUACAAGGUUCAGAAAUAGCAUAUGGAGAUUUAGAGGACGGAAGUUCAACAGCUGAAUUGUAGGAGCAUGCCGUGGUUGCAAACAGAGGUCAAUGGGGUCGGUCCUCCCCUCUUUCACUCGACCAGGAGCGAACGAUACGCUUUAUGACAACGCAAAAGUUCGCCGACGUUCGCCAGUUCAGGUGGCGCUCCAAACAGGGCUCUCAUCUAUCGGUGGAAAGAACUUCACAUCAUGCAGCAUUGGAAAAUUUAUAGCUAUUUUACUUUUCAUGGGAAUUUGCUACAUUGCUGUGACGCAUACGCCUCCUUCGAAGGCUCUUCUUCGUGGUUCUGAAAACCAAGGACUGGCCAAAGCACAGCUUAAGUCUCCCCCGGGAGAAAUGUGGAGGAAAGCCAGGAUUGCGAAGGAUACAUUAUUUAUGACAGGACAAGAGAGAGACGAUUUGAAAAAAGGUGGGUUUCUCAAUGAAACGGAAGUUACAGUGAAAGACCUGUUUCAUGCUGAAGAACUAGUCUGGAGACAACGACAAGAAGAGGUGAAAACAGCUUUCAGACAUGCAUGGAAAGGUUACAAAGAUUAUGCAAUGGGAUAUGAUGAGCUGAAACCUCUGAGUAAGCGAGGGGUGGAUGGACUUGGAGGACUCGGAGCUACUGUUAUAGAUGCUUUAGAUACUGCUAUCAUUAUGGACUGUGACGAAGUGGUGCAGGAUGCCGCAUAUUGGAUAGAGACCGAGCUUCCUGGUAAGCUUCAGGAUAAGGGACAGGUGAAUCUUUUUGAGACCACCAUCCGGAUCCUGGGUGGCCUUCUGAGCGCAUACAAUUUACUUGGUGGAGAAAAAGAGACUGCUCCCAAGUAUGGUACAAAUCCAAAAGUCUUCUUGGAAAGAGCAAUCGAUCUGGGAGACAGGCUUCAUAGUGCAUUUUCAAUGAGUCCUUCUGAUAUUCCCUUCUCAGAUGUUAAUCUGAGGGAGAAGAGUGCCCAUGCAGCUGGUUUCGAUGGUGGAGCUAGUAGUACUGCAGAAGCAGCAACAGUGCAAAUGGAGUUUUGGUAUCUCAGCCAUGUAUCUGGUGAUCCUAAAUAUGGCAAAUCGGCGAUGCGAGUAUUUGAGCAUAUGAAAGGUCUACCAAAGGCUGAGGGUUUGGUACCAAUAUUUAUCAGCCCAAAAUCAGGAGAGUUUAUCGGGAACAAUAUACGGUUGGGCUCUCGGGGUGACAGCUACUAUGAGUACUUACUCAAAGUCUGGUUACAGCAAGGUGGUGCUGACUCUGAAGCGUCCGCAGUGACAUACCUACGCGAAAUGUAUGAGGAAGCAAUGUCCGGUGUCAAGCACCUUUUAGUCAAGAAGUCACAGCCCAAAGGUCUUGUCUUUGUUGGUGAACUUCCAAACGGGAUCACAGGGAACUUCAGUCCGAAAAUGGACCAUCUGGUGUGCUUCUUGGCAGGAACACUAGCACUGGGUGCUACUCGGGGCAUGACGAAAGAUCAAGCUUUGCGCCAGGGUUUUAUGAACGAGAGGGAUCUACAAGAUCUAAAGCUUGCAGAAGAUUUGUGCCACACUUGUUACCAGAUGUAUGCUGUAACUGCAACAGGGCUGGCGCCGGAGAUUGCUUAUUUCAACUUGGAUGAACAAGCACAGAACGGCAUGGAUGGUGGGAAAAAAGAUGCUGAGUAUGGAGUUGAUAUACAAAUUCAUCAUCUUGAUCGACAUAAUCUUCUGAGGCCGGAAACCGUCGAGUCUCUAUUUGUGCUCUACCGGGUGACAGGAGAAAUCAAGUAUCGAGAGUGGGGUUGGAGCAUUUUUCAAGCAUUUGAGGCUCACACUAAGGUCAGUACCGGAGGCUACACUUCACUGGAAAGUGUGACGAGUGUUCCAGCUAAACAGAGAGAUAAAAUGGAAACUUUUUUCCUCGGCGAAACUUUGAAGUAUUUGUAUCUAUUGUUUAGUGACCGCAGCGUUCUACCUUUAGAUAAGUACGUCUUUAACACUGAAGCACAUCCGCUGCCAAUUAUAGUACCUACGUCUGGAAAUGUUCGAAGGAACAAACAAACGUUUAGCUCCAAAGCAAAGGCCACCUCAAGCUGAUUGCCAAUUUUACAGCUAAGCGUAUGGAGAUUACUCGCAUUGCCUGCAGGAAAGGAUGUGUGCCAAUAGGUACAAUGAGUUGAGAUCUUUAUUAUGUAGAGUGGAGCGGAGUAUUAUAAUAAAGAACUUC